UUUAAAUAUAAUAUUGUUAUAUCAACGUGAACAUGGACGAAAGCUUUGAAGAUUUAGCCGAUAUUCCCCAAGAUGCUCGUGCUGCUACAAAACAUGUCUUGAGCAUUUUACUGGAUAAAAUCCACCCGCUAACACAACGUUUGCGUAAUAAAUUAUUGUUAUACGAUGGAGACGAAGAGGAUAUUGCAAAAGUUCGAGAUGUUUAUACAUUAUGUUCGAGCCAAAUUAAUAAAUGUUUGAUCAGUUUAUUUGACAUCUUCAAAAUUGAAGCUCGUCAUCAAAUUUUACUACAGGAAAGUCGUCAAUACAAUAUUGAAAGACUGUCAUGGUGUAUAAAUAGGCUGUUAGUAGUUGAAAACUAUUUGAAUAAAAGCUCAACCUCGUCUGAUUCAAAUGAGAGCGGCAAUAAUUCCUUUAAUAUGACAACAAUGUACUUUGUCAACUGGAUUGACCACACAUUUGAAGUACUUGGUAAACUUGCUGAUGCUGUCUAUAAGACUGACUAUAAGGAAUCUGAAGAACUUUAUGGCCAAUGGAAGGAUACAAUGGUGGAGUGUGUAAGUGGGUUGCAUGUGUCUAUUGAUGAGCUCCUGCUUUCAGCAAUGACUCUGUGUAGAUAUUGUUUGGCAGAUGAUCAGCAUAUUGUGAAGGCUCGCUGUCAAGUGGUAUUAAGAGAAACAAAAGCAUUACUUGGUGAACUGAUAGAAGGGGACUUGAGCUCAACUGUUAAAGCUUCACCAGAUACACUGAAGCUGCCUAUAAUGCCAUCAAAUGUUAAUGUUCUUAUUGAUGUGCUAAAAGAUGUCUUGUAUGCUCUUGAAACUAACACAAAUACUGCCCUACUAGCAUUAGUAGCACGCUGUUUUACUUACAACAAGUCUCCUAUAUCUAUCCUUAAAGACCAUUUUAAUAAUGGUACUAAAGGAACUUGCUCUUGUCUGCUCAAGAGUGAAGAUGAAGUCACAGAGAACUGCUCAUUUGUGAAGGAUUUUGAUUUGUACAAUGAGAGAUUGCUGCAGAUUGGUAACUUUGCUGUUUCCUGCUCUUCUGAUCAAAAUAGAAUUCUCUCACUCCGAAGUGGUCUAGCUAGCUUGGAAGCUUUAGAUCCUCAUUUGGUCCCAGCAUUGAUGAUGUCUCCAGACAGCCAUCAUGCCACACUGCUGAUCAAUUCUUGGAAGCAUGAAGUUCAAGAAAUUCGAGAUAAUGUGUACUUGAUUGUAGAUCCAAGUGCUUUUGCUGAGAAAUCGAAGCAAAUGAUGCAUCAGAGAGUGCUUGCAAUACUGAAGGACAAUUGUUACAACAAUGCAAAUGUAUGUGCAGUCAUCAACAUGGGGUGCAUGGUUUAUGACUUCUUCAAUGUGUAUGACAAGUAUGAACCAAAUGCUUUGGAGCACCAUGACAAACUAUUAGUAUUGCUGUCGGAUUUGGAUAAAGUUCAAAAAGAAUGCAAAAUCGUUAGUAAUCUGCUGAGCGGCAGCGGCGACUUCGUAUACAACGUGAAAAUGCCAAAAAAUAAUAAAGAAGUGUCCCUAGAACAACUUGUGAAAAGGGUGAAACUUCUUUACACUUUGGUGUCCAGAAUUCAUAGUUUGCAUUAUCCUAAGGAGAAUGAGGACCAAUGGCUUGGUUGCGAAGGAGAGGAAGAACCGCAAAUGGGAUAUAAGAAUACUACACACACUGUCGUGAAGAACUCCGACACUUACAUACAAUCGCCACGAAAACCCGUCAACAUGUCCAGAAGCAUUUUCGCAAGAACCAACGUCCGCUCUUCAACAAGGAACUUUCCCUUGUCAAAACUAACGAAGCACUUAAAGACAAAAAUGUGUAGCGAGCUUAGUUUUUCCGUUCAAUUGGAUCAAUUGUUCAGUAAUUCGGGAGAUCACGAACAAAACGCCGCAUGUAAUGAAACAGUGUUUGUGAAUAAACAACUGGGUAAAGUUAGAGAUUCGUCUUUCUCAGUUCUGUAUAACUUUUCGCCGAUCAGAAAUCGUCCGUCCUUGAGAAGGGCGGUGUUGAACAGACAGUGCAAGGUCCCUGUUUAUAGAGAUAUAGAGGUCAAUGAUGAAAAUAAUGGAGAUUAUGAGAAAGAAGACAUAAUGGAUGAAACUACAAGUUUACAAAUUACAGAUAUCCUUAACCAAAUGAACGAUAUGACAAGCAUGCUAUCCACCACCAAGUUAACUCAACCCAAGAGAAGGCAAGAAGAUUCAGGAAAACCCGAAAAUAAUAUUGAAACAAAAAAUGUGCUGACGAUUAACGUUAAUAAUCAGAACACAACAAUAACCAAACACAUAUGGAAUAUUCCAGUAAAUGCUAGUAUUGUAGAGAUGCCUCUAGAAGACAGUGCUGCCAAUAUAAGUGAACCUUCGGAUGUUAAUACUUUGGAAAGAAUUCAUGAUCUGAAAUAUGUGGAAAGCAAGCUGAACAGCUUGAAGUGUCAGUUAGAAACUAGCUUGUAAGAAAAUGUUUUUUUGAAAAGGGUCUUAUCAUAAUUAUAACCGUCCAAUGUUUAUGAAUGAUUAAUAUUUUAUUAAAGAAAAUACUAUUUUGAAGUUGAUUUUUACUAUUUUUCUUUUAAAAUAAA